ACCCGACGGUCUCUACACAUCGAUUCGUCGCGAUUUCUCGAUACUUACCCGUUUAUCAACCUCGUCCGUCCAAUCCACGUCCGCAUCAACGUCUCACACUCUCUCUCAACACGAUACAAGAUGAACGAGUGGUCGAACGGUGAGGGUCCGGCAGCGCUGCAGCUGCUGUCAGUCGUCGCGUCGUGUCGCGAAUCGGGCGACGUGUUUGGUGAGGAGAGCGGGAAGACGAACGGGAACGACAUGGUCGUCGACGAAUGGAAGGAUAGGGGGGAAACUAGAGGGUCGGACGUCGAACAGACGAGAACGCGAGACGAGGACGGAAGGUCGGACGCGUCAUCACAUUCGGAUCAUUAUCCGGGGAUUGACUCGGCACAUUUGGAUCAGCAUCCGGGGAUUAACUCGGAGUCAAAUCAUGAGGAUGGCGAGAGAGGGCGCGAGGACAAACUGAUCGAUCAGGAUGGUACUGAUUCGACUUCUUGUGCUAAUGCUGGCGUCAACGACUCAGAGUAUGAGAUCGAAACGACUGUGAGUUGCACAUUGAACGGAAAUGCUGGCGACAAUGGCUCGAGUACAUCGGAAAUUACACCAUCUGAGGUGAAUGUUAGCAAGUCUAAGCAGCUGAUGAAUGCCAAGUCGAAAAGGAACGGACCUCUACCGACGAUGUGGCGUCACCUACGCCUCAAGAAAGGUCACCACGAACUUGUCGAGGUUCUCGUAAGAGCCGAGUUUGGAUCGGUCGACAUGCGAGCUCUACAGCGUUGCAUUACCAAGUACACCGAGCAGGGGUGGACAUCGAAGCACCUGCUCGCAAGCACGAACGACAUCUACAAAUUUCCCUUGCUUCAUUGGGCUGCCGUAUUGGGGAGAUUCAAGGCGGUUAAGUUUUUGUUGGAGAGGGGUUUCAGUUGUCUUGAUCAGGCCGAGGAUACAGGUGGGACGGCUCUUCAUGCCGCCACGUUGCACUUAGUUGCGGCUCGUCGUAAGGUCGCCCCGGCUAAAUACAUCUUCGAACGACUGGUGGGAUUGCUUCGUGAGUCAUUGAUUAUUCAAGAUAAUGAGAUGGCGUCACCGAUGCAUCGAGCAGCCGAGCAGUUGGCUUUGGGUGUACACGCCGACCACUACGAACAUUGUCUUAUUAUGAUGCUCGUUCAAGCGGUCAAUGAAUUUGGAACUGCAUCCCUCGUGACCGAUCUACAGAAUCAGGACGGCAACACUGUCCUUCACAUUUUGUGCAAACACGAUGCAGUAGCCUAUCGAAGUAUCAAAGCAUUUCUGGAAGCAGGUGCAGAUCCCAAUAUUCUUAACAAUGCAGGUAUGAUGCCAGCCGAUCUUGCCACCCACAGCGGUGCAGAGAGGAAUGCCAGCCUUUUACUGACGACUCACUCGUUGACCGGUUCCGUUCGAUCUGCAGCUGCUCUUGCUUCUGCUGUCAACGCUGCUCAGCAGUCACCCACCCCGACUACUCAACAGUCGCCCACCACAGACACUCCACCACCCGAUAAAGAGGACUCGGAUGCUCUUGUUGCUGCUUCCAACAAGACGGCAGGAAGUCAGAGAAGAAAGGACACCAAGACAGCAGCGAGAAGGCGCCAACCAAGCCACUCGAUAUCUCCCUCCAAGCAAACUCCAGCAUCCAAUGAAAAGACAGGCGCUAGCAAGAAGAAGACUGCACUGGCUCAGAGCACUCCCAUUUACAGAAGGAAAACACUUCGACAACAGGCAGCGUCGAAGUCUAGUCGACUAUCCAAAGUGCCCGAUUCAUCUUCACCUCUCGAUAUUCCUGAUCUCAUCGAGAGCUUCUGUGAAACGCCCACUGCGGAACCUGUUAGCAAGAGGAAGACAAAAUCAGUACCCAUUCCUAGAAACAUCGCAUCAAGAACAACCAGACAUGCCAACUCGUCUACUCAACCGACCGUCUCAGCCACAGGCGUUAAGAGAAAGGCAGAACCGUUGCCGUUGGCAACAAGCAAGAGGUCGAAACUGCAACCUACGAAGCCCAAACCUUCUCGAGUCGACCAAACGGUCAAGACCUCGUCCACCAGACGCAAGAGGAAGAGCUCGCGCAAGGCGUCGGCAGAGACCUUUGAGACAGCGUCCUCAUUCGGGGAGAAGCAGCAAGAAGAGGAAGCCAACGAGAACGCCUCCUAUUCGGCCUACAUGUUCCCGUCGUCUGAAGAGGGAAUGAUGGAGGUGUCGUACGAGCCAAAGCAGGAGGACGAAUCCGGCAGUCUCGCGUCUGGAACGGAGAUCUACUGCAACCCAGCGCCGGACGGAGGUCAGACGUACAGUCUGAAAGCGGCGCACACGCCCCUUAAUUCGCCCUACUUUCACCAAGCGCGUCACAAUUUGGACGCCAUUCUGGGACGACUGACGAGGAAAUCGGAGGUCUCCGACGCCGCUUUCCGAUCUUCGUCUGUCGCUCAGUCGCUGUCGACUGACGACUCGCUUGUGGAGUCUCUGAUGGCCACCGGCCUAAUGGAUCAGCUGCCGGAAUUAGCAAAGAAAACGAAGGCAGAAACGGAGACAAGCCUCACCACAAUUACAAAGGACAUUGAGAUUGUCGACGAGGAGCUGCAGGAUGCGUGUCGCAAGGUUGAGAGCAAAUGCAAGGAGAUCGAGGCGCUGACGGACCAGGCGGAGAUCCUCAUGCGAGAGCUCGACGAAUUGAGAGGGAUCGAGGACGGCGUGCGAGAGAAGAAGCGCGAGGCCGAGGAGCGUCUCCAGUUGGCCAAGGUACGCAUGGCGCACUGCGAUCGCAUAGCGGAGGAGGCACCUCUGCUGCAGAAGACGUUGCCCGCAUGCAAGACCGAGGAUGGUUCCCACGCUGACAGUACGGAUGCGAUGUAGUAACGACGGAAUCAGUAAAGAUGAGUUAGAGUAUGGAGUAGGAAUAGAUGUAUAGCGGCGUAUCGCUUCAAGUAUUGCCUGACAUACCUAAAUCUGAAAUUUAAAUAAUUAGGGAAUGGUGACACGUCACUAUGUCGUCGAAUGUUUUACUUAGAGUGAUGGAUAAAAUAUUUAGUGAA